UUAUUAAUGUUGAAACUUGAAACAUUUAGUAGGAACUAUAUUGGGGCUCUUUCUACUUUCUCUCUCCUCUCUCCUCUCUCCUCUCUCUAUCCAGAAGGGCAAAAAAAACCCUAAAAGAGCCGUUUACCUACAAUUUUGAUGGAUGAUGACGGAUUGAAUAUGCGGAAUUGGGGUUAUUAUGAACCCUCCUUCAAAGGGCAUCUUGGUCUGCAGCUCAUGUCAUCUGUGGCAGAUCGAGGCACAAAACCUUUCCUAUCCGGGCGUGAUCAUGCAGUUAUGCUAGGCGCCAAUGGACCUUUUCACUCUCGGGAUUGUGGGGUUUCAGAAGCACCUGUACACAUGGACUAUGUGAGGGACAGUUGGAUAAACCAGAGAGAUAAAUUUCUUAAUAUGCUACCGGCAAACCCUAAUUAUGCGGUUCUUCCCGAACCUUCUGUAACUCAUCCCAUGCAGAUUUUACAACCUCCCGAAUCAUCAAAGGAUGUGAGGGCAGAUGUGAGGGUUGGUGUGGAAAUUCCAAGUGUGAGAAAGGAAGGAGGUGGUCCUUUGAAGAAGAGGACAAGUAGCAGCAUCCCGAAGUCACCGAAACCAAAGAAAAGUAAGAAAGGCCCUUCUGUGCCAAAGGAGAAUGGUAAUUCUUCUGUUCAACGCGUGAAACCAGCAAAGAAGAAUAUGGAUGUUGUUAUAAAUGGGAUCAACAUGGACAUCUCAGGUAUUCCCAUACCAGUUUGCUCGUGCACUGGGACUCAGCAGCAGUGUUAUCGAUGGGGCUGUGGUGGUUGGCAAUCGGCUUGUUGUACCACAACUAUAUCGAUGUAUCCCUUGCCAAUGAGCACCAAAAGACGUGGCGCAAGGAUAGCUGGAAGGAAGAUGAGUCAGGGUGCGUUCAAGAAGGUAUUGGAGAAACUUGCAUCAGAAGGGUAUAACUUCUCCAACCCAAUUGAUCUGAGGUCUCACUGGGCAAAACAUGGUACCAACAAGUUUGUGACAAUCAGGUAGAUUUACUUUGGGGUUACUGUCACUGGACUCGCAUCCAUCUGGUCUGUUUUACCUGUACAUAUGUCUGUGACCUUUUUCAGUGUUCAUUUGAUGAUUUUAGAGUCUGAAUCUUCAGUCAUGAUACAUGUUUUUGAACUCAGACAUCUGGGAUCGAUCGGAAAUGUUGUUUAUUUCUCUUUCUGUUUUUGUUUUAAAGGCUCCAAAUUCUGGCCUCCAGGAUGUAGGACUGAGAAUGAGUUUUUUUUAAUUGAAUCAUUUUGAGAUAA